AUGGCGGCGGUUGGUUGCUACGCAGCCUUUGUUCUGAUUGGCUGCAGACGCCGUGUGGAGGUGAGCAGCUCUGGCCCCGCCCCCUGCACCACGCCCUCCUUCCCCCCCGCUCAGCACACCUCUCUGGAGCAGGACUGUGAGGGCCUCUGGGGUGAGGACAGUGGGGGCCUCUGGGGUGAGGACAGUGGGGGCCUCUGGGGUGAGGACAGUGGGGGCCUCUGGGGUGAGGACAGUGGGGGCCUCUUGAGUGAGGCGGAUCAGUCUGUUGGGUUCAGAGGACCUCAGGGGCCUCUGGAGUGA